GCCCAACAUAACGCAAUUGAAACUCUUCCGGGAGCAUAAUUAUACUAAACGCACUUGUUUAAUUUCUUUUUCUCUCGCACUACAAGGUAUUUUGGACAAGUCUCUUCGUGCCAACAGCCAGCAGUGAAAAGCAGAGGUGACCGAGGCCUCGAGACCGAAGCUUCUGCUUGACAAGCAUCCAGAGGAUCUGCAUAAUAUCGCGAUCCCUUCCGAAUGCAGAAUGCUCUGAGAGUUUGGAUACCGCUAUGUCGGAGAUGCGUGGCUGAGGGCCGAUCGCUUCACAUCGAGAAAAGAAGAAGAUUUUAUUCAUCUCAGUCACGUGAAGAUGAGCCUGAGAUAUUUAAAGUGGUUUGUGGGUCUUCUGGGUCAAUUGAUGUAAACCUCUACAACGCCCCGGCCCUCCGCAACCCUUCCUCGCCCUUAACCAUCUACCUCCCGCCCAUGGGCUUGCAUCUCCAUGCCAGCCACUCUUCCAUACCAAGCUACCUCUUCCACCCCGCCGCCUCCCUAGCAGUCAUCAAUUAUAGAUGGAACAUUUCCUCUUCUCACACAUCCUACCCAACGCCAACACCAAAACUUCUAAGCAAUCACCCCUCCUUUGCAACCCACCCCUUUCCCACGCCUCUCCACGAUGUCCUGCACGCCUAUAGCUAUCUCCUCACCUCUCUGCUCCCUUCCUUCUCCCUCUCUCCACCAUCGCGGACCCACACCUCACCUACCUCUCCUUUCUCACCUCGACCCCGGACAUUCCAUGCCCCGACAUCAACGUCGAAGGUAAUUCAACGGCCAAUUCUGGUGUAUGGGAGUUACUUGGGAGGAACACUGGCAACGAGUCUUGCGCUGACGGAGAGUUUUGCUUCAAAGAACCUCCCAACACGAAUCGCGGGCUUGAUAACGAAGAACGGGGUGUAUGGCUGGACUGAUAUCGCAACUUCGGCACCUCCUACCGAUCUCGAGCAUCAAUCCGAAGUAGAGGAAGAAAUAUGGGACUCAAGAAAGUUACAUUGCUUGAAAGAAAGACUCUUCAGCUCCCCAGGAUCAGCAUUCGACUCCUUCGCCUCUCCCCUCCUCUUCUUCCGCACCGCAGGGGUAGCAGUACCAAAAACAUGGCCAACGUCCAAAGACGACGAGCUUUCCUCGCCAUCCCCGACAACAGACUCAACCACCCCCUCGAACCAGAAUCCAUUAAUCGACCACCUCGAAGAAUCCAUCUUCUACCCGACCUCCGACCCCUCGCUCAUCACAGACAUGGACAUCGAUGAGCUGGAGACGAGCGGAAGGAGGGGAGAGAUGGAUGGCGGCUCCCUCGAGCUGGAGGUCAGCAAGAAAGCAAACCUAAAAUUCCCACCCAAGGACUCCGGUCUCAAGAUCCCUCGUUCUCUCUUCCUUUACACUCCGUCCGAAUCUCCGUCCACUGGGACCACCGAGAACGAGAGGCCUCUCUCUAGCAAGAAGCCAGCACGGAAGCAAGUCCGUGGACGGGAUACCGAUAUCCAGCUCGAGGAGAAAGCGGGAGAGGAAGUAACGCCACAGACUCAAGCGGAAGAAAUGGUCAGGUUAAUGAGGAGGAGUGUGCUACUUCAUGAGUUUAAGGAGAGGGUAUUGUGGGACGAAGAUCAUGAUCCUUCGGCUGCGGCUGAGGAAAGGGUGCAGGUUGCUCCGCUCCCAUGGUUUGAUGAGCCGGAAAUAGAUGGGGAAGGCAGGGUUGUGAGGAAGUGGAUUGAAGAAGUGUUGGAUUUGUAGAUGAUUGAGGAUUGAGGAUAAACAGGGUGGUGGUGCGGAAGGCGUGGCUGAGCUUCAGAUGGCGUUGAUGAGCAGUUGCAGCGGCAGCGGCAGCAAUAAGUAAGCAGCAAGAGCAGAGAUGCAUUGUAGGUACCCUGUGCGCAUCGCACACAAUAAAUCACCUU